AGUAGGAUCACGGUUCGCCUUUUCAACAAGGUUCCUCACCCUCAUCGGCGAUUCCUGCCCAUUGGCCAUUCCUCUUCAGCUCCUGGCGGCUACCGCUGCACAGCAAGCGACGCGAAAGACUCAAAGCCCAGAAUGGAUGUUCCCUGCGAGUCUGAGCUGCUUAGGGACGAAACCUAGGGCUUUGGCAAAUGGGGAUGGGUAUUUUACCGGUGUACCUACGAUGAUGAUGAUGCUUGGGCUCGCUUCAGAGACAUCAUCAAUCACACAUCCCGAAAACACAGAGAGUUCUACGAAUAUCCGGAAAUACUCGAUAAGAUGGAAUGGACGUUCUUGGAAGACAAGCAACAACUCGAUGGCGCUUCCACGGCAAAGUUGCGUGAUCACUUCCGCGAGUGGGUGAAGCAAUCAGCACCACCAAGGAAUUCAUCAGAAACCCGGCCCCGAGAGCCCAACCCACCCGGCCUAGAAAGCAGUUUUGACAACACGAUGUCUGAUGAAUACUUUGUCCAAGUAGACGAUACAUCGCUGCGCAGUAUCGUCUACAAGGAGUUGCCGCCGGCCGAAGCCAACCUGGACAUCCGCGGACACAUCAAUCUGGUGAGCGCCGAGUGGGAACCCGCGCGACUGGAGGAUUACCAUGGAGACCGUGUCAUCGAAGACCAUUUCAGCUUUCCGGAACUUGAGGGAUGCACUGAGGAGAAUGUUGGUUGGAUGAGGUUGGCGGGGAGUGAAGUUGGCCUGUCUACCUUUGAGAGGAUCCCUCAUCUGUGGUACAUCGUUUAUGAGAGACCUCCUGAUAUCUUGUACCGCGUGUAGGUAAUCGGAUCAAUUCCCAAAUAUAUGCAAGACGCUAGUAGUGGAAGAUCAUUGUGUGCUUUUUGUUGGUUACUUGCUUUUACCUAUGUCCUUCAAACUUCC